AAAUGGGUGCGCAAUUUUGUAUUUACGUUAUCAGAAGAACAGUCGUCUAUCAUUUGUCAAAAUCCGAGAUAUAAAAAGAGAAAAGAAUGAAUUCCGUUACGUGAUAUGUCAAACAGUCAGGAAUCUAAUGAAAACAGAAUUAUGUCUAGGAGUGUGGCAUGGCGGCGGACCUGCAAUGAUGUUGUGUUCUGGCGUCAAUGUCAGGCGCUCAAUGCCACCAUCUACAUCCUCCGAGAGACCGGCCCCACAGGGUUCCUCCUGAAAGAGGAGGGGGAAACUAAACCUGUCAAGGUGUUUUUAGGGGACCCCCAUUCCUGCACCUGUACCUCUUUCAUGAAAGACAGAGACCUUUGUAAACAUAUAUGUUGGCUGAUUUUGAAAAAGUUUCGUGUCCCACAGAAUAAUCCAGUCACGUGGCAGCUGGGCUUGGUGGAGAGAGAGAUCAAUGACAUUUUAUUCGGAGCUACGGCCAAGCAGCGCAAAACUCCAGUCCGGCGCUGGGCAACGUCUGGUCCCCCGGGGACUACAGGGUUUAAUGCGGAUGGACGGCCUACAAUUCAACAGAGAGAAAUCGGGGACGAUGACUGUUGUCCCAUCUGUCAGGAUGAACUGCUGGGCAAACACCAGCCUGUCACCUUCUGCAAAUUUGGUUGUGGUAACAGUAUCCACAUAAAAUGUAUGAAGAUCUGGGCAGACCACCAGAAAACUUCGGGGGAGAAGACCAUUAAGUGCCCAUUUUGUCGAGAGGACUUUGGCCCCAUAGAACUCCUGAAGGCAGAGAGUCGUAAUGCUAUGGGGGUCCCCGCAGGGGGACGCAUGGAUCGUCAUCUCCACACCAGGUGUCAGAGUUGUCAAGUCUCACCCAUAGAAGGCAAAUGCUACAGGUGCACUGCUUGUACAGAUUUCCACCUGUGUCAGUCCUGUUUCAACACUUCCAUCCACACAAGUCAUCCAUUUGAAUACAGACAUAAAAGAAACCAGAGAUGGCGGCCAGCCCAGAGGACCUAUGGUGCUGUGUUACCCGAGGCUGUGGCAAAUGAUUUAUUAAACAGAGAGUUCACAGAGUCUGACUACGAACUCCUGACACAGUUAGACAGCAAUGCCAAUCAGCAGCCCAGUGACAUUCCUGAGUCUGUUAUCAAUAAGUUUCCCCUGGAGAAGGUCCGUGAGCGGGGACCAUUGUUGGCUCCUGGCAUGCAGUGUCGAAUCUGUCUACGAGGGUAUGAAGUCAACCAAUUUGUCAGGAAGUUACCCAGGUGUAAACAUAAGUUUCACAAGGACUGUAUAGACAGCUGGCUGCUACACUCCCACCCCACGUGUCCAGUGGAUGGUCAGGUGGUAUGGGACCCAGUCACCGCCCAGUUAGAGGCCGAGGAAGAGGCUGAACGAACUAGUCAAAGAUCUUCUGCUGCCAAAAAAACAACUGAAUCUUCUGGAAUAAGGGGGAAUGGAGUAAGUGAACUCAGCAUUCCAGGAGUGGGGUUAGUAAGAGUGGACAACACCCCGGUAGAGAAGUCCAGCAGUCUGCGGGGGAAAAAAAUGGCACAGCAGGGGCGUUUACAAGGGCGUCAAGCAGAAGAGCCAGCAGCUAAUCCACUGCGGGCUAGUUUCACUUUGAAUGGAAUGUCUGUUGGUGCUAAUGGGGGUGAUGGGUCAGAUAAUGUGUCUGGCACUACCUCCCUGCCUGGCGGUCGAUUGUUAGGUCGCCUACAGAAUCGGAAAUCAUCUCUCAAUCAGUGCCUUCAGGAUCUGAAUGUUCGAUCGGAUGAACACCAAAACGAAACCGAAGCUCAUUCCCAGUCUUCUGAACACUUUGCAGAUUCUCGAGUGAGCCUUGCUGGAUCACAUACAAGUCUACGCUCAACUCGCCUUGCCAAUGGCAUUAUUGUGGCUGAGGAUCUGGGUCCUGAGGGGGGCUUAUCUCGGGGACACUCCGGUGGCUCCAGGGCAAGUCUACCCCCCAGGGCACCUCGACCAUCAGAACACACAAGGAGAGGAGCACACUCAAACCAGGAAACUGACCAAACAGGAAGUGAAACCCAGGAAGAGAACCAGCUGAUGGAGAGACUACAGCUCUUCUCAGAUUUAUACCUUGGCAACAGUCCAAAUGUUGUGUCAGAUCAACAAGGGAGACAACCCAAGGUGUUACGUCGACAACUGAGUAAUCCGUCAGCUGUGCGACAGAGAAGGCGAGAAAAUGAAGUGCGUCGACGACGUUCCAAUGAGUUCGGAUUAGAAGGGACGGCUGCCUACAGUAACCUGACUCUGAGAGAUAUCAUUCACUGAGGAGCCAUGAAUUGAUAGUCAGGAACAGCGUGUGUGAAAAAUAAUGGCAUACAUUAUUAUAAUGCCUUUAAAUCAUAUGAAUUUGCUGUGGUAAUGGUGCAUGCUCUAUUCUACCUGGCCCUCUACUUUAAUCAAAAGGGUCAGAGUAUUAUGUUAAGAUAUGCCCUGUAAAUGUGCAUUGUAUACAAGCACAAUAAAAACAAUGUUGUCUGUUAUACAGAUUUUGCCUGUUGAUUUUAAAUUAAUUCACUGCAGAUUUGAUUAAAAGAAAUUGUAAUAUUUUUAGGUACACUUAGUGAUCUGCACUAUACCCAUAAAUAUCAUAUGAAUGCACAUGUAUUUAAGCAAUAUCUUUUAUGCAUGUUCAUUGCUUUUUGCACAAGAUCUGUUUUUGUUGGAAUAUUUUUAAAAGAUGACAAGUAGAUGUCUAUUUUCCCAUUUUACAAGUAUUUUUAUUAUGAUGCUCUGUUUUUCAUUUGGGAGUGGCAAUCAAUUUCUCAUGAUGUAUUCAAUGUGUUUGUUAUAUAUCACAUGCUUACGAUUUGCUCAAUGGUUCGAUGUGCUUUUUUUUCAAUUCCCAGUAUCCAACAGCCAAACUUCCAUACCAUAUUAUGCUUUUUUAUCCCUCGGCUAACUCCAUGAACUUUUCCCCCAUUUCAUUUGUUUAAUCCCACUAUGUGUUUGACACUGCUUAUGAGCACAUUGUAGCUUAGGCAUAAUUAUAGUAAUAUUUUCUUCAUGUAGUUGUGUUGAAGCAACUUGAAAUAUGACAUGAAAUAUUCAAGAAACCAGGAAAAGUUCAUUGAACCUGCCCAUAUAUAUAGUCAGUGUUUGCAAGGAAGGCUGUGGGUUUCUGACUUUAUUUUUUUUUUUCAUAGAGGUGCCAAAGUUUCAGAUGGAUAUUUUUUCGUUUGUUAAUUUUCAAUAUUAUAUUCCUCUCAUUGCUGUGAUCAAAUUUACAUGUAUUACCAUAUAGACUACAUAAGAAAAUUCCAGGGAAGGGAACAUUCUAAAUGAAAUGUUUUGGGCAAAAAAGGAGUUUGGGGGGUAUAAUAGAAACAGGCCUUGGAUUGCCAUUUGGACAGUACACAGUAUGUUCCACAUUUUAUAUGGAUGAAGUGAUGUGGUUAUAUGAGAAGUGCCUUGUGGUUUUUGGAUAAGCUGAAAUUGCAAAGGUUGUUGUAAAUCAUAUGAAUUUUAUCAAAUCAGUAUUACACUGCAAUAUUUAAGUCAUUCCAUGUAUAUAACUACUGGUACAUUUACUUAAAGUGUACUAGCCAGUAGUACUUUAUAUUUUUUUUAAUUUUCAGCCUGUGAUACAUCUGUUUAAUGAUUUAUUGUACAUUAUAGGCAUAUUUUAAAGUAUUCCGUCCUGACAGUAUAGAUGUGUAUACAUUUACCAGUACUUAUUUAGAAUACUUCAGAGAAAAAGAGAGAGAGAGAGAGAGAGAGAGAGAGAGAGAGAGAGAGAGAGAGAGAGAGAGUUGAAAUUUGUAUUAUAAUUAAUUAGCGAAAGAGCACCACCUUUGAAAUUCAUAUAUCAUUUGAUCUUUCAGCUUUGUUUAAUUUGCAAAUGUCAAAAUCACUUACAACUACAUUGUGAACAGCAAAUAGAAAAUUAAGGUUCAUAUAAAUCAAGUGCCUAAUAGCAGGGAUAUAUAUACUAUGCUUAGUAUAUAUGUUUCUCCUAAUAGUGUGGUUUUAGAAAAUCAGUGAUGUCUUUUUGAAAAAUUUAUCUUUUUUAUAGAUUUUUUGCCAAUAAUAAAUGUUGGUAUAGAGGAAGAGAGAGUCUUUUCAUAUUCAUAUCUUAAAAAGGUUCUAAAUAAAUAGAUACAUGCAUUGUCUGGAGUGUGUUGUUCGAAUUAUAUUUAAGUUAAUGUUU